GUCGCCGCAGCCGCCGCGUCCAUGGGAACCGAAAUAGAAAAAGCAGUUCAACCGACCUCGCCCGGCGGAGACCGCGGCGGCGACGAUCUGUUGUUCGAGAUCGCGUCGGUAAAGUGUAUGAGCGGAAGAAAUUCAUCAAGAGGGGAGGAGAGCGAUGAAGACAGCAGCGCGAGCAGCUUGUUUUCCUACGAUUUUGACGGCGAAGAAGACUGCGGUAGUCAUGGCGUCGCCGCCGUGUACGUCGCCGUGGGGAGCGGAUCGAAAAUUGACGCGGAGGCCAGCAUGGAUGCGCUGAUGUGGGCCCUCGGCAAUGCCGCGGAACCGGUGCGGCGGCGCUCCUCCUCUUCUUCUGUGGUGGUGAUUCUGGUUCAUGUUUUCCCAAAGAUUAAGUUCGUCCCUUCUCCACUGGGGAUGAUUCCAAUAAGCAAAGUGAACCAAGAACAGAAAGAUAACCACAAAACUCAUGAAAGAAACCAGAGGAUGCAGUUCCUUCAAAAGUUUCUUGAUGUCUGCUCCGCUUCAAAGGUGAAAGCAGAUACCCUACUUAUAGAGAGUGAUACAGAGGCAAAAGCAAUACUGGACCUCAUUCAUAUCUGUAACAUCAGAAAACUGGUUUUGGGCACUCCCAAAGCAAAUCUGAGGAAAAUGAAGUGGAAAAAGGGGAAGAGCACAGCUAAGGAGAUAGUGAAAAAUGCACCAGAGUUUUGUGAUAUAAAGAUCAUAUGUGAAGGCAAAGAAGUGGCAAUGGAGGAACAGAUGAUGACUGAGUCUUCUUCAUCAAGUGAGAGAGCCACCCUUGAUGACAAUCAAAAACCUGUUCAUGCUGGCAUAAUCCAGAGCCAAAAUGAUUAUUUUCGUUGGAUGUAUCAUUUGAGAUUGAGGAGACAUUAUCUCCCAAUUAACCUUCUUCAAAGUUAUCAUCAUAGAAUGACUUACUCAGCAAUGGGCUCACGCCAGAGAAUAUGUUUGCUAAUGUGUUGCUUGGCAAUAUGGGUCCAAUCCAACGGAUCAGAAGCCCAGCUUAUUUAUAAUACCAUUGUCCAGAGCGGCGUUGAUAAAGGAGCCGUAUGUCUGGAUGGGAGUCCGCCGGCAUAUGUUUUGGAUCGUGGGAGUGGCGAUGGAGCUAACAAUUGGUUGGUUUACGUUCAAGGUGGAGGGUGGUGCAUAAACAACACCAAUUAUGAUACUCCUGAUAAUACCCUUGAAACCUGUGAGCACCGUGCAACUGGUGACUUGGGUUCAUCAAUCGCAAUGAAGCCUUUUGAAUUCAACCAUAGUGUUUAUGGCAACGAGUCAAGCAUGAGCUAUUUCUACAACUGGAAUCGAGUCAUUCUCAAGUACUGUGACGGUGCUUCGUUUGUCGGAGAUGCCGAUCAGCCCGAUCCGGUUACUAAACUUUACUAUCGAGGAGCAAGGAUCUUUGGUGUCCUAGUAAGGGAUUUGAUGGAAAAGGGAUUGAAAGAUGCCCAAAAUGUACUUCUUGCCGGAGGUUCUGCCGGUGGGAUUGGUGUCAUGGCACAUUGUGAUCGUUUUCGAGACCUUUUUCCUCAGAACGUUAGAGUAAAAUGUCACAUUGACAGUUCUAUCUUCCUACAUGUGAAGGAUCCCGAGAGAGCAAAAUUCUUUGAAGGUCUUUUUGGUAACAUUGUUGGCCUACAUAAACCUGAGAAGGCAUUACCUGCGGAGUGCAUCUCAAAAAUGGGUGCAUUAUCAUGCUUUUACCCCCAAAAUUUGGCGAAAUAUGUGAAAACUCCCCUUUUCAUUUUGAAUUCGGCACAAGAUUCAUUUCAGGUGAGACACAUUUUCUCGGAGGAGUUAUACGCGCAAGUUAAGGACCAUAUGGUUUCAGACAAGAAACGAUAGACGCAUUGCCUGCACCAAGUGCGACAAACGGAUAUUUGAUUACUUCGCGCUACAGUCAUAGCUUUGGCUCGGGGAUCGGCUACAAAAUUCCCAUGUUUGCUGACCCUAACUCAAAGUCAUUUGAGAGCGCAUUACUGGACUGGUACUUCGACCGAAAUCAAGUACACCUCAUCGACCCAAGGGAGGAGCCAUUCUAUGAAAAGACACCUAACUCUUUCUCAAACUUUUUCCAAUGAAAUCCAAUGUAUUAUUGCACAAUAGAUAUUGCACAGGUCGAUCAAUAGAUCAUUGUUAUUUCUUCUGUAUGCACGCUAUUGUGCUAAUUAAUAUGAAUGAAGCAAUCUCUUAUCCAUUUCAAUACUUCUUGUAAUGUUUCCAUAUAUGCUUCUGCAAUUCUAAACAUAUUGUGGCUAGUUAGAUUGAAUGGACAAGUGACUUUUGCCAUGCAUCAAAUAUUGAUUUAAUAAGAGAUAAGUCAAAUA